UUGAGCCUCUCUCUCUUUCUCCGAGCCAAAACCUCCAGAAGCCUCUCUGUUUCUCUCUCCUCUCUCUCUCUCUCUCUGUGGAAAAAUGGCCACGGCGUCGGCUUCAUCAUCGUCAUCGGCUACCGUUACAGAGAGAAGGGGGAUUCCGGCGGCUGCAUUCGUGGAAGAUGUAGAGUCCUAUCUCUCCCAAUCCGCCCUCGAUGUCAACUCUGCUCUCGCCUUCCUCCAAGAAAGGCUGCAGCAGUAUAGGCUGGUUGAAAUGAAGCUUCUUGCACAACAGAGGGAUCUUCAGGCAAAGAUCCCAGACAUUGAGAAGUGCCUGGAUGUGAUAGCUACUUUACAAGCUAAGAAGGGUACCGGUGAGGCACUGAUAGCUGAUUUUGAAGUGUCAGAAGGAAUCUACUCUCGAGCAUGCAUUGAGGAUUCUGAUUCAGUAUGUUUAUGGUUGGGAGCAAACGUCAUGCUGGAAUACUCAUGUGAAGAGGCUACUGCUCUUCUCCAGAGCAACUUGGAAAAUGCAAGAGCAAGUUUAGAAGUUCUUGUUGCAGAUCUACAAUUCUUGAGGGAUCAAGUGACCAUUACACAGGUCACAAUUGCUCGCAUAUACAACUGGGAUGUACAUCAACGCAGAAUUCGUCAAGCUGCUGCAGCCAAAGAGACUUGAUAAAGAAUUCCCUACACCAAGAUGUGAGGUGGUUGAACUUUGCUAGUCAAGAGUAUGGUUACCGGUUUCUCGUAUCCAUUGUUUUAAGCAAUUGGAUGCCCUUUCUUGCUUGCUUUUUUUGCCAUCCUAAUAUUAUUUGAUAUGUUCUAUCUUAUUUGAGUGUCUUGUUCUGAAUUUUGACCGUUAGGGAUAGUGCAGUUGUGUAUGAUUAGUGUUGUAUCAUUCACUCUAGCUUUGUUUUCUGAUGAGACUUCUCAGACCUCAGCUGGAACAUGACUUUCAAAAUUCAGUACUAUAAUCUGGGUUCAUGAUAUAUUUUCCUUUUAUUCCA